CAAUCUGCUCCGUUUACUGACGAACAGAUGCAAAUGGAGAUCAAAUGCAAGACAAGCGGUGGAGGGGUGAUCAAUGUUCGUGUGUCUCAUCUUCUUCAAAGCGGCGUCUUCAAGAACAUGUGGAGGAACAGGAAUGACAAACAUGUUCAACAAACAUCAACAAUAACUAGUACAACAAGGCGUGGAGGUGGUAAAUAUCAACAAAAAAAUAAAUAA